CAAAAGCAGCCUCUGCAUUUUUGUCUGUCUGAAUGCUAGCACGGCGAAAAAAGACUGAAGAGAAGAAAAAACUGAAGAAAUGUGAAAAUCCAACGAACAUUUUCAUGGCGAACAGAAGUCCGAUGCAGAAGGAGUUAUAUUGGGACUCCGCUGUGCCUCGAAACCUCGGAUCAAAAUGCUCAUAGUUGAGAAGACGUCAGACUUUCCGUCGACUGAGUUCUCUCUGGUGGAGGAUGUGGCUCUUCACUUCACCUGUUUGAUGGACCGGUUGAACGAGCAGCGCCUCUUCCAGCCGGACCUCUGUGACGUGGACAUUGUGUUGGUGCGCCAGCGCAGUACUUUCCCCGCCCACAAGGGGGUGCUGGCGGCCUACAGCCCCUUCUUCCACUCACUGUUCUCCCAGAGCAAGCAGCUGCGUCGAGUAGACCUGUCUCUGGACACGCUCAGCUCCCAGGGCCUGCAGCAGAUCCUUAACUUCAUCUACACCUCCCGUCUCUUGGUUAGCAGCCGUAGUGUCCAGGACGUACUCAACGCUGCCACACUUCUGCAGAUGAAUGACAUUGCAGCUUCCUGCCGUGACCUGAUUGGCAGCCAGUCGCUUAGGGCAACCGGAACCACUUUAGACAACAUGAUCAGUCAGGAUGGCCUUGGUGACCCCACUGACAUGACCCCUGGCCAUCAGCAUUACAGGGAGAUCAAGCAGGAGGCGGAGUUGGGGCGGGUGUACACCCGGGAGGGGAACUGCCCAUUCUCUGUGAGGGUAGAGGACGAUUCUGGGAAGAGCCACCAGCACCACCCUCCCACUUCCCUCAGCCAACAGCAGCAUCAACACCCAGCAUCCCCCCAGACCUCCUCACAGACCCAGGCCAAGCAGUUUUACCAACACGAGGAGAGUGGAGGACCAGGAGGAGGUGGGAGGGGCGUGUGUAAACUGGAGGGGGGCGGAGAGCAGAUUAUCGUGGAGGUGAACCUUAACAACCAGACUCUCAAUGUCUCCAAAGGAUCAGAGGGCAAGAACGUCACCACAGAUAACCAUGCCACGGAUAUGUUUACCCGCUGCCAUGGUGACCAAAGGGACUCAGAGGAAGAGGACAAUGAGGAGGAUGAGGAUGAUGAUGUUGAUGGGGAGGAAGAGGAGGAAGAUGAGAAGCAUAGAGAGCGAGAACGGGAGAUAGGGAACAGCAGUGAAGAGGAGGAGGAGGAGGAGGAGGAAGAGGAAGAAGAAGAGGAGAAUGACCUGAACAUUCCAGGAGACGAUGAGGAGUCUAUGAUGAUAGACGGCCCUCUUCUGGGGAGUCGGACUCUGGCAGUUGCUGCGACAACAAACUCCAUGCGGCAAACCCUUGGCGAUGCCACCCUCGCCAACCGUCACCAGGGGAGGAAGAGGAAGCAGAGCCCUGAAAGUGUUGGUCAGAAGGUCCGACUAGAGGAGAAGCAGCACUUUCCCUGCAAAAAGUGUCCCAGAGUCUUCAACAACCGUUGGUACCUGGAGAAACACAUCAACGUCACUCACAACCGAAUGCAGAUCUGCAACCACUGUGGAAAACGCUUCUUACUAGAGAGUGAACUGUUACUGCACCAUCAAACCAACUGUGAAAAGAGCAUACAGUGUGUGACAUGUGGCAAAGCCUUUAAGAAGCUCUGGUCUCUUCAUGAACACAACAAAAUUGUCCAUGGUUAUGCAGAGAAGAAGUUCUCCUGUGAGAUAUGUGAGAAAAAGUUCUACACUAUGGCUCACGUCAGAAAACACAUGGUUGCCCACACCAAGGACAUGCCGUUCACCUGUGAGACGUGUGGGAAGUCAUUCAAGCGCAGCAUGUCCCUGAAGGUUCAUUCACUACAACACUCUGGAGAGAAGCCCUUCAAGUGUGAGAACUGCAGUGAGCGGUUCCAGUAUAAAUACCAGCUGCGCUCUCACAUGUCCAUCCACAUCGGACACAAGCAGUUCAUGUGCCAAUGGUGUGGCAAGGACUUCAACAUGAAGCAGUACUUUGAUGAACACAUGAAGACACAUACUGGUGAGAAGCCGUAUAUCUGUGAGAUCUGUGGGAAAAGUUUCACCAGUCGUCCAAACAUGAAGCGGCAUCGCCGGACCCACACCGGGGAGAAGCCAUACCCCUGUGAGGUGUGUGGCCAGAGGUUCCGUUUCUCCAACAUGCUUAAGGCCCACAAGGAGAAGUGCUUCCGUGUCAGCAACCCUACAGUAACCGUUGGCAAUGACCCCGUGGGCCGCCAACCCCCUGACUCAGCAGUUUCUGGGGACCCAGCUGCACUUGCACCAGUGGUGUUGGGGGGGGUGCUAGCAGGGGUGACGCCCCACCAUGCCACUCCCCUCUCCCUCCCCUUGCUCCACUCCCUAAGCGGGCUGCCCCACCCCCCCUCGCCCCACCUCCCCCCUCCACCACCUCUCUUCUCUGGCAGGAUGGGCUCCAACAUAUAGCUAACAGACCGCUAGCAUCAAUAAUCUACAACACCCUGUCUAUUCUUAUCUACCCUCCAGUCAGCAAAUCAGCCAGUCAGAAAGUUAACCAGCCAGCUAGUCAGACACUCAACCGGUUUGUUAGUAAGCCAGCUAGUCAGACUUUCAACCAGUUUGUCAGUUUGCCAGCUAGUCAGGCAGUCAACUAGUUUGGCGGUAAGCCGCACAGUCAGUCAGACAAUGUGUCAGUCAGUCAGACAGUUGUUUGGACAGACAGUCAGAAAUUGCCAGUAAGCCCCUGAAGCAGUCAGACUAGCUAUGAGAGAAUGAGGUUUGCCAGCAUCAGAGGAAGAUAUGGACGGAUGGAGGAUUCCUCGUUGUAACUGGCUAUCUGAAGACCAAGGUCUCUUAAUGUGCCCUGGUUUCUACAUGACUUAACGGUCAGAAGAAGUGAAGGAGCGUUGGCUUCCUGAGACAUAUAUAAACAUACACCUACCGAAUAGAUAGUUAUUUUAUACUGUUUUGAAUUGUUAACGUCAACCCUGGUUGUUGAGAGUUCAGAGAUGAUGUACAGUAUGUUGUCAUUGUUGUUUGUCUUCAUUGAUUCCCUUAAAGACACUGCUUCUAGCACAAUGGAAAAUUGGUCAGAUUAACCCCUACCAUAUCAACUUCUGAGGCCUAAGCCCCUCUACUCUGUUGCAAUUAGAGAAUGUCCUGGGUGUUUUGGGUUAAAUGAGUUCUCUGAGGGAAAGUUCUGUAUGCUCUAUGUUGGAUGAGUUCUCUGAUGUAACAUUUUGCGUGUUCUGUCUAGAAUGGGUUGUCUGAGGGAACGUUCUAAGUGUUCUGUGUGGAAUGGGUUGUCUGAGGGAACGUUCUAAGUGUUCUGUGUGGAAUUAGUUCUCUGAGGGAAGCUUCUAGGUGUUUUUUGUGGAAUUAAUUCUCUGACAGAAAUUUCUAGAUGUAUAGUGUUGAAUGAGUUAUCUGAGGGAAGGUUCUAGGUGUUCUGUCUGGUAUGAAUGAUGUCCUGCAGUGAUUGCUUACCUCUGAUGGAGGUUUGUGGUAACUUGCCUCUGUGUUGAUGGAAGGAUGUUAUUAGACAUGGCCCUUCUGGUUCUGUCAGCUGCCAAUCUCCUCAUCCUCCCCUCCUGUUCAGCUGCAAGGGUGUUGGAUCUGACCUCUUAGAACAAGUGUUGAAGGUUGUGGGGUCACAUUGAAGGGAAAACUUCAGGAUUGAUGAGGGGUCAUCGAACAGGCAAAUGGAACACAACAGACAUGUUUUCUGUCGAUAACCAAAUGUUGAUCUGUCCGUCUGUUAAAACAUAUGUAUGGCAUCGCAAUAACCAAAUCCUGUGAGCUGAAACGCUGUUGUUAGAUAUUAUUCUAUAGCAUUUAUAAUCAAUCCUGCACCUUAUUACUUUCUUAGUGAUGUUUAAGAUGUACUUUAAUAUUUUUCUUCAUUUUGUAAAUUGUGAAAUUUUGUGCAAUGUGGGUCGACAUUAUAUCAUUAUCUAUGGUGUUAAGGUUGUGACUAACCAGUCACAGACGCUAGCCCAAAAUAUAUCAAGUCUAUUAUGUUCAUGUUUUUUACAUUAAGAAAAAAACAUGUGGUUAAUGAUCUACUGUCUAAAAGAUGGUUUAGGUCUGUUAGAUCUGGUGAAUCAUUCAAAAUGAAAGAUGUCUAUAGGUUAUACCUCUGGACAGUUCCUGUUUUUUAUGGCACUAAUCACACACUGUUACAUCCAUAAAUCUGGAUCAAAAGCAGUCAUCCUAGGAAAUAUGAAUAUGUUGGCAUCCCCACUCUGCUAAGUAUGUAGUGUGUAUGUAGUGUGUAUGUAGUGUGAAGUAUAUCACCCUGAGCAGGGAUGUAGGUACUGUAGUACCUGUUCACACUGUCACUUAACAGGGUUUCCUAAUCCUUGUUCUUUGAGAGUCAAUUCAAUGUGUGUUUGUGUGUGUUUGUUUGUUACAGUUGGUACAAUGGAAAGUUAUGGGAAGUUGUAGAUAAGCUGAUGUAUCUGUAAUAAUCUGCUUAUUGUUUCCUGGCUUAAGCACCUUAUAUUGUAGCCUAUGUGUCAUCUGACCCCAGCUAUGAAGCAUGUUGACAUAGGAGCCGUCACAUUGUGGUUUUAGUCAUGUUAACGCUUUAGUUUAGUUUGCUAAUAAUGUGUCAAACAUAUUAUGGACAUGUUGCUGCUUAGGAAAAGGAGCCCACUGAUUGGUUGAGUGCCCUUCGAGUGUUAAGGGCCUGUAUCUGAUUGGUUGAGUGCCCUUGGAGGUUAACAGGACUAUAGCUGAUUGGUUGAGUGCCCUCAGAGAGUUAAGGGGCUACGGCGGAUUGGUUUAUUCUAUAUAAGUGGAAGUGGGUUCUAUACCGUGAUGUACUGGCCGGCCAGGCUACAAAACUACAAUUUAUCCUAGCCCCAGCCUAGCAAUCUGCCUGGCAAUCAUUAAAACAUUUCACCCGUAUCGCUGGCUAGAUGGCACAAGUUUUACUAGUGUAUUUUGAAGUGCCGUGCAAAAUUAUUAAGACCAAUUCUAGAAUCUUACUGAAGUACAAAUGGUACGUAUUUUAUGAUAUUUGAUUUUAUAACACUAACACUCAAAAUCAAAUAUCAGACGUUGGUUUCAUGUUGGGAAAUAUUUAAGAAAAGGUUUAUAACUGUUGCUUACACAGGUAAAAACCCUACACAUUAAUAUUUGUUAGAGCCACAUUUUACCGCAAUAACAGCUUUAAGUCUUCUGGUAAGUAUGUUCCUGCUUUGAACACUGCUUUGAAGCCCAUUCUUCUUGGCAGAUUUGCAACAGGUACUUGGUUGGGCAACGGUUAUUUUCAAAUAGUGCCAUGGAUUGUCAAUGGGAUUGAGUUCAGGACUGACUGGGCCACUGAAAGAUGUUCAUCUUUUUGUUCUUGAGCUGCUAUAAAGUUGCUUCGGCCUUGUGCCUUGGACCAUUGUCCUGCUAAAUAGUGAAUUUCUGCUUCAGUUUUUAGCGGACUGAAGCACAUUCUCUUGCAGUAUUUUCCUCUAUUUAGCUUUAUCAUUCUUCCAACAAUUUCAACAAGAUGCCCGGUCCCUACUAUUCAGAACCGUCCCCACAGCAUGAUGCUGCCACCAACAUACUUCAUUGUAGGAAUGGUGUGUUCUCAUCUGGUGUGUGGGUCUCAUCUGACCACAGGGCCUUUUCCCUCAUCCCACCUGGGUCACUCUCAUGUUUUCAUAUGGUAUUCUUUGAGUAACCGCUUUUUCUAGACACCCUUUAAAUACAGACCAGUUUUUUGUCUUUAUUAGGUCAGUUUCUUUCAUCUGUGUAAACUGAGGCCCUCUUGGAUCUAGGCCUCUUGAGGAUGAUCUUACUCCCAGGAAGCAGGACAGGUAUUAAUCCAGGCUCCUUUCAUCACAUGCCUGGAGUACUGAAACACCCCUGUUGAUCACCUUUAAUAAAUUAUUCCAUUGUCAGUGUUGUAAAAUAGAGUAUCAAACUGAAUGAAAUGUCAAUGAAGCAUUCAUACUUCAGUAAAAUUAGUGAAUUGGUCAGGGGUCUGUUAGUUCACCAGGACACUGUACAUGCUUCAGGCUAGUAGUCUUAGUUUAAAACCCUAGCCUCAGUGUGGACAGGAGAGGGAAAGGAAGGGGAAGAACAUUUGUAGAGUAUAUUUCCUGUUUAGACAGGCUCCCCAGGCAGUAGACAACAUGGGGAUAUACCUGCUCUUAAAGUUUAAUCUAGAAUAAUCUAUUCCUGUGGGUAAAACAAUGUUGAAGUGUGUCUCAUGACACUGACAUCUGAUUUGCCUUAACUGAAUGGUUAGACAUUCGUGGAACUGAAUGUGAUGGUAUUGGUUUAGGAUUAUGGUUGGGUCAGAUUAGAUUAGGUUGGGUUUUCUUUGGUUGUUGUAUAAUGUUUGGUUUAGUUAGGGUCAAAUCAGGUUUAGGGUUUGGUUGUUUGGGAUUAUUUUAGAGUUCGAUUUGGUUAGGGUCUAUUGUUGGGAUAGUUUAUGGUGCCAUGGAACUGAAUGUGAUUUGGUUAGAUUGGAAGUUUAGUGGUACUACUGAAAUAAGCACUUUUGUCUGAAUGAAUGAAUUAAGUGAUGGGAAAUGUAUAUAAUUAGCCAAAUGAGUACCAAGAAAUAAUACUAUUGACUAGACACUUUUAGACAGAUAUCAUAUUAUUUUUCUGCAUGCCCUUUAUAAAAUCUCUGUGCCACGUCCCUCCAACCACUUGAAUCCAAAAGCAGGUAAUAAGUGUUGGGUUUUUAAAGUCAUUUUUCUCUUAGAUUACCAUGACAGUAAAUGCUGCAUAUGACCUGUGUAGUGCCAACAAUUUAUUUCAGAUUGACUGAGGCCUGAGAUGAAUGGUAGUGUAUCUGUGCUCAAUUGGCGCUUACCAAUAUCUUCAAAAGAUUAUGUUUGCUGUGAUUGGGCAUGGGGGGCAAGGGCAUAAGGAUAAGGUAUAAGAUGUGAAGGAACUGCAUUGUGGGUAGGGUUCCACAGUCUUAAUUGUUUAGAGUCGUUGUUUUUUUUUAUUCCAAAGCACUUAGGCUACCGGCCAACCCUGUUACCUAAUGAAAUUAAUCACACUUGUGUGAGCACUUUAAACACAUCUGAUGUUGUCAUGGAUACAUCGUUACACGCGACAGAUAUUGUCAUGGAUAUAUUACACUAAAGGAACAGUGUAAGAGAACGAACCUUUUAAAUGUCCCUGAUUAGUUGUCUUUAUUUGUAAUUAAUGGCCAGAUGUUGGUAACAAGGCAACCAUCCAAAGAUGGUCCCAUUCUCGUCCUUAAACCGUUCUGAUGUUGGAGUCCAUGACUUGGUGCUGUUUGCAGUCUGCGUUUGUUGUAUCUGAAGCUAAUGUUUGUCAAAUUGUCAUUCAGUGAAAUUUGUGAAAAGUGCCGUGGUUUGGGCCAGAACAGUAGUUGUGUUAUUUUGUAAAUGUCUGGAUUUGUCGUUCUUGGAUAAAGCUGUUAGAGGGAGGUUGUAACGGUGGAUUCUGUGGCCUUCUCCAGCUGGAAUAUUUUUUUUUUUUUUUUUUUUUUAUAACGAUGAUGGUGAUUUAUUAACUCUUGUGCUCCCUCUGGCUAGUGACAAGACUGUCUGUGUAUUAAGGAUCACAAAGACAGAUUUGUUAAUUCAAGAACACACAUUUAAGGAUAUUAUUUAAGAAAGGAGUGUAAUUCCUUGUUUUUAUUCUGUUUUUUUGUUAAAACAUCAGAAUUUAAAAUCAAAUGUUCAACAGUAUGAGAGUGGUUAUUUUGCACAUGUAAGGUUGGCUAGUUGUUCUAGUAAACCUCUUGUUGUCGAUGUUGGCUCAGUGUCAGCACAAGCAAGGCUUAUAGGGAUUAUAGAAGAAAUCAACAAUGUUAUUCCCAAAUCAAAGCUGUCAUAGCAUUCUUUCCUAGCAGAGGGGAUUCCAUUCACCUAACUUAGCCCCUCCUACAACUGUAUUCAACCAAUCAUAACCUGUCUGCGAUUCAUUGAUUCUGUACUUUACCAUGUAAACCCAGAGUGUUAGUUAACUGGUGUACAUAGAUCAUGAGUAGACCGUUGUUGUGUGGGCUAUACAAACACAACACUAAAACAGUACGAGGACAAUAGUCUCUAGUGGUGCUAAUAACAUUAGACUGUAUUUUCUGUCAUUUAUUGUAUCGGUUUGUGUUGAUUGUCUGUAACACAGAGGAGUCAUACAUCAUUUCAAUAUUAAACAAUAUAGAUAUAUUAUU